AUGUCGCCGAAUCAGGAGCAGGCUGCUGCCACGGCUGCCACGGCUGCCACGGCUGCAGCAGGUGCAGCAGGAGCAACCCAAGAGCCAGAUUUGGAGAUUCAGAGCACACCGGCAUCCCCCGCAGCAGAGCUCUCAAUCCAGGUGCUGGUCGAUGGCGAUGACGACGGUCCCUUUCUGGUCAACUUCGAGCACAACGAUCCUGAUGACCCUCGGUCUUUUCCAGCAUGGCGAAAGAUCCUCAUCCUCGUAUUAACCAUGCUUCCCGAAUUCUGGCUCAAUGUCAUCUCCUCGAUUUACAGCUUUGGAGCAUACGAGGUGGCCUCCGAGUUUGGCGUCGGAGAGGUCGCAUCUAAGGUGCCCGCCGCUGUCUUUCUCUUUGGCUUCGCAGUUGGCCCUAUCUUUGCCGCUCCGCUCUCCGAGGACUAUGGCAGAGUUCCAGUAAUGGUGAUCGGCCUUGCUGUUGUGGCGCUCUUUCAAAUCGGCUGCGCCCUGGCUCAGAAUCUUGCCACUCUCAUCGUUCUUCGAUUUCUUGCUGGCUGCUUCGGCGCCGUCGCCUUCAACUCGAUCGGCACCGUGUCGGACCUCUGGCACUCCGAUCAUCAAGGCUGGGGGGUCAACACAUUUGCCCUAUCUGCGGAGCUCGGGGCUACUGCAGGUCCCAUCAUUGGAGCAUUUAUCGUUAAAAACGCGGGCUGGCGAUGGACCUUUGGCGUAUCGGGCAUCGUGCUCGCCUUUCUUCUCGCAAUCUUUGUGCUCGCUGUGCCGGAAACCAGAGCCGGCGUCAUCCUCGCCAGAAGAGCGAAAAGGUUGCGAUGCGACGAUAACAGAUACUACGCGAGCCACGAAAAGAUUCGAUCGCAACGAACCCUGCCGCAGCUCUUCAAAGAGACCGUCGGUCGGCCCUUAUUCAUGCUCUUCACGGAGCCCAUUGUUUUCUGGUUCACGCUCUUUGAUGCUGUCAAUUAUGCUGUGAUCUACAUCUUCUUGAUCGCCUAUCCGUUGGUAUUUCAACAAUGGGGCUUCGACAUCGGGCAGCAAGGUCUCACAUUCAUCGGUGUUCUGGUUGGCUUCCUUAUCGCCUAUGGCUUGUUCGAUCUUCAACUCAAGUGGUUUCGACAUGCAGGCACCAAGAGGCCCAGAGGCAUUCCAACCCCCGAGGAUCGACUUUUGUGGGGCAUUCCAGGUGGGUUUCUAUUCCCCAUUAGCCUGUUCUUUUUCGCAUGGACCUCAUUUCCUCCCGUGCCCUGGAUCGUACCUAUCAUCGCAGGCGGGCUGUUUGGUGUCUCGUCGCACACACUCUUCCUCAUCGUCUCGGACUAUACGGUCGCAUCCUACUCGAUCUACGCAGCCUCGGCGAUCGCAGCUCAAUCGUUCCUCCGCGAGUUCAUGUGUGGCUCAUUCUAUCUGAUCACCGAGAUCAUGUACAGCAAUGUCGGGUAUCAAUGGGCUAGCUCGAUCCUCGCGUUCAUUGGCGUACCUCUGUCGGUCAUUCCCCUGGUGUUUUACAAGUUUGGCCCCACAAUACGCAAGCGCAGCAGCUUUGCCAAGGAGUUACAGAUCGUCGAAGAGCGCGAGAAGCGCCGUCGCGAGAAAAUCGGGUACAGAGCUGGCCUUUUGACAGCCGAGGCUGUUCAGAAGACUCAAUGA